UGACGCGUGCACAACACGUUGUUGUGAGGGAUGGACCCUCAAGUGUCAACAGAGAACCUGUUUGUUGGCUUACAAGGCAGAUAAGAAGGUCGCCUUCCGUGAAGGUGCACUUCCUUGCAUCUUAUCCAACACUUUCCUCCAAUAAUCUACCGACAUGCAUCUGCCGUCGUCCAGCGACUACAAUGAAUACCUUGUGUAUCCCGAGGAUUCAGAAUUCUUUAAACGGGAAACAGAGCUCCCAUCGAAGCUCGAUUUCAUGGAUGGUCUAAGGACCGAGGACAGAACCUUCGAGUUCGAGUCAUCCACAGCACCAACGAUGCUGUGGUCUUCUGAUAUCCUCGAUACUCACCUCGAAGAUACGGACGAUGCAGCAUACAUCGAGAAUCUGGCUAUCCACAAAAUGCAGGCAUCUAACGCUGCCCGAUAUCGGUACCCAGAAGCAUCUGCAACCGGAGACUUCUUAAGUUUACCGCAGUUGAGUCCUGACGAAUCGCCGUUCAGUGUCGCGUCGAGCAGGUCCCCCUUGACUCCACAAGGCGGUUCACUUCUCCCCGACCUCUUCUGUGGUCCGCUGGAAGACUUUGGGCUUUUCGACGUCGCAGCGGAUUGCAGUCCGUUUUUUGAGGAAGAAGGAUUUAUAGAAGACGCAGCUUGUCCUGAACAACUGCAAGAAGACCUUGCCUGCCGGGCGGUCUUGGACAUGCCUUCUCCACUAUCACUCUUAGAGAAUGUCUCUCAGCCGAUGCUUGUGCUUCCAGUUGAUGAUGCAGAGCUGAUGCAUGACUCGUCGUCUAUCUUGCCAGACUCUAAUCCCGCGGAGCGAUCUCGUGUCCUAAGAUUUACAGAGGGCUUGACGGAGAACAUUACGUCUCAAUUGCAAAUUUGCAUUGCUCCAAGCCCAGCCAUCCGUUCGCUCCGUACUAAUGUACAGCAUUCGGAUCACCUCUCGUCGCCUUUCAACCCAAACCAUGCUGAUAUUGAAUUGGCUGACGUUUGUCGAGGAGUCAAGCGCCGGCGGACCGACGACGACGACGACGAUUAUCAACCCAGUCGCAUCCAUAAACGUGCAGCAUCCGAGAAGGCUAGAAAAGUCGCUUAUCGUUCCUUAAAAAGAGUGACAAGGCGCGAAGGAGCUAAGGAAGAGCGAUUUGACUGCUUGAUGAAAAUUCAUGGCUGCAAGAAGUCUUUCACGCGUAGAAACGACAUGGAGAGGCACUUGGGGAGUUGCAAGUUUAACCCAGACCUGCCCUCCACGACAGUCAUAUGCCCUCACUGCCAAAAGUCCCUGUCACGUAAAGAUGCUCUUUUGCGCCACAUUAAGCAGAGCCAUGUGGAUGCCCAGUGACGACACAUCAUAUAGCGUACAUCAACGUUGGUUCUGGCAUUCAACCGGACACCAAUCGGCACUUGAGCUUGCUUCAAUCUGGACCAAUUCUUACUCUUGCCCAUCGCAAUUAUAUGUAGCCAUAGCAGAUACUUACUUGCAUCUUCAUUCAACGUUCAAUGUCAACCUUGCAUGGCGUGGCCUUACAUGCCCUGGUGAUCAACUGGCUACCACUGGACUCGUGGUUAUAUAAAUCAGACUGUAUGAUUUCACCCAAAAUAAAUAAAUAAAUCACAAUUUGAGGGA